AUGUCCGACACCUUCUCCGCAAUCCCCAUCAUCGACUGGCGCCGCCUGCAGGAUCCCGCGACGAAGCAGGCGGCCCUGGACGAUCUGCGCCAGGCCAUCUUCGUCGUGGGAUUCCUGUACCUGACGAACCAUGGACUCGAGGAUCUCAUCGCGGAAGCACACGCGAAGCUCCCCGAGCUGUUUGAUCUCCCUACCGAGGUCAAGGAGAGGUGCGACAUGAUCAACUCGCCCUCCUUCUUGGGGUAUACGCGUCUCGGCGCUGAGACUACAGCCACCAAGACGGAUCUGCGAGAGCAAUACGACUUUGGUACCCCCGGGAUGAAAACCUGGACAGAGGACGAUAAUAUCUGGGACCGGCUAGAGGGGAACAGUCAGUACCCCGACGCCCCUGGCGUAAAAGAAUUAGUCGAAGACUACAUCGCAAAAUCCGCCACCCUAUCCCAACAAUUCAUGCGCUUCGUCUCGGAAUGUCUGUCCCUCCCACCAGACACAUUCGUCGACUUCAAGGGAACCAUGGACCGGCUCAAGUUCAUCAAAUACCCGCAGUCCCCGCCGGACUCGCAGGGCGUUGGUCCUCACAAGGACUCUACUGGAUUAUUCACUUUCCUAUCGCAGGACGAUACAGGCGGGUUGCAGGUUCUGAAUAAAAAUGGACAGUGGAUUGACGCGCCCCCGAUCGAGGGGAGUCUUGUCGUUAAUGUCCAGCAAGGCCUCGAAGCCAUCACGGGCGGGAUCUGUGCGGCGACGACGCAUCGGGUUAUUGCCCCGACAACCAAAACCCGCUAUAGCAUCCCCUUCUUCCUCGGCGUGCGGAUGGACUUAACGCUAGAUCAACUCCGCGACUCGGCCGCGCAUAUCGUCGCGCGUAUCCCGGCGUCUGACGAUAGGAAGAAGGCUGUUGAUAUUCCGAGCGAGUUCCUGUCGCCUUUGUAUUCUUGUUUUGGAGAGGCGUAUCUGCGGAACCGCAUUCUCAGCCAUCCGGAUGUUGGGAGGAAGUGGUAUCCGGAGUUGUAUGAGAAGUACUCGAGGCAGGUUCUUGCUUAA